AUGAGGUUCAUUCUGGAGGCUCUCAUCGUUGCGCUAUGCUUGGUAGGGGCCGGGGGCGCUGCGACGUGCCAGCAGCCGGCUAGCGGCAAAAUCCCGACCAAGUGCAACACGUGCUUCAACCUGUUGAUCAAGCAGAUGAACCAGUCGACGCCACCGCUAUCGGCCAAAGCGAUGUAUGGGUUCACCCAGGCCAUGGGCACCUACGUGGCGAGCUUCGUCAAAAAUCGCACCUCGCAAGGCAUCAAAACGGUGCCCACCAUGUGCGAUAUUGGAAAUUUGGUCAUCGCCUACGUCUCCGAUAAUUUUGACAGUCUGAUGGCCUGCGUGUCGCAGUACAACCCGACAACAGUGGCCAAUUUGGGAAUCACGGCGCUGACAGCGGUCCCCGCGGCUGAGAGCCUCGGCCUGGAUGCUAUCGCAGACGGCUGUAUGUGCGGCGCGAUGGGCGCCCUCCAAAAGGCCUACGAAACAACGUUCACCAAAAAGUAUAAAGCAUGGGUGAAGUCGCCCGUCGCCACGACAAUCCAGAACAACAUCUGCGCCCUAUGUGCCACGUAUCUCAGCGACCAAUCGUUUAUCCAGAAACUGUUUAAUCAAAUCAAAGGUCGCCAGACGGUGGCCGUGAUGCAGCAACUGGCUGAUAAGUACCUCCCAAAAUAUUGGGGAUGGUACCAGCACUACAGGGACAAUUCGUUGGUGGCCUGCUCGACAAUGCCGACCAGCUGCGCUUGCAACGCCUCUGCCGCGACGGCGGUCGUCGACCAGAUCGGCAAGAAG